AUGCACAGCUGCAGAGGCUCGCCGCAACGAAAUGAAACGCGAGGUGGCAAGCUCCGUUGUGAACGUGGCGUAGCUGAACGUGUGCGGCUGAAGCAGACCUUUGACCGAAGAACGGAUGAGCUUCAGAAGCAGCACGACUCAGUGCGCAAUGCCCUGGCAGAACACCGCUCCAAGGCUCGUCAAAUUCUGACAAAGAGGCAGAAUCGCGAAGCUGUGUAUCCAGCAAUGGCUUCUUGGUCCUCUUCCAUGGUCCUCAUCACCACGGCUGUUCGGGUUCCGGCUCGUCAGCCCUUUCAGGCAAUAAUCUCACUCUAAAUCUGGACGCGGGGCUGCCGCUAGUCAUUCGGCCAUUUCGCCGGCAAGGUCGCACAACAGCAUCGCAGCAGCGGCCGAGAUGAAGACGUAAAUGGGCCACGCCCGUAAAGGUUUUUCUCCCCGCCCAAAUUAUCCCUAGGAUUAAUUGUGGUUCUAAAGUUGUUAGUCUUCAGUAUUUACAGCAGAAACAUAGAAAUGAAAAGUCUUCGUAGAAUAUAAGCAGUGGAGGAGUAGUCCCUAUCCUCCUACACCUAUUUGACAGGAACUGACCUCGAUUAGAUCUUAGGAACUUUGACACUGGGCAUUGUAAAACCCACUGUUAAGGGA